AUGAUGGGAAAACCAGCGUGGGGUACUGCAGCAGGUGAUCGCUUGCAAUCCACCGGACUCUCAGAUCUGGAUGACCUUAUGCUUCACGAUAUAGCGUCGAGACAGGAUCUACCCGACGCCCUGAUCCAUUGCGACACUUUGGACCUUCACGAUAGCUCUCACCUACUAAACGCAGGCGGUACUGAAAUGGAUACGAUGCUGGGAGACGACUUUCAGCUGGCCAGUAUGGAUCAUUCAGAUGAAAGCGACAGAGCAACGACCGAGCUCACUCACUCACAAUCGCUCACAGUUCGGAACAAAGACUCAGACGACUUCUCUACGAUGGACCCAUCACAGUUACAGACACCUCGGGCGCAUGAAUCAGACUCCGCAAUGGCCAUGAGACGGAUAACCAGCCCAAGUCAUCUCCUCCGAGACAACGACGACAUGGAACGCUUCCCAGAAGUCGAGGACAGUUCCUCACAUUACCAGGAAAUGCGACGUACCCCAGAUCCUCUUGAUGGCUUCACAGAGUUAUUCGAUGCGUGCAUGAAGCACAACCUGCCCGCCUUCCGCUCAAACAUGCCCAUGCUGAUGUUUUCAUCGGUUGCAAAAGACGUGUUAUUACAUAACAUGAUACAACUACGGAAAACACGGCGGACAUCAGAGUAUCUCGCCACAUAUUGGGUCCUGUAUCUACUAUUGAGGUGGCAAAUUGUUCGCAGUGAAGAUGCCUACCAUAGUUUACCACCUUGGCUUCGACCUACACCCUUGCAGCUCGUCGUGCAUCACCCAAUGGCAGCUGAUCUCAUAGCAUGGCCCGCGAUAAGAGAAGGUCUCGUUCAGAUGUCAAUGUCAGAUCCCGAUCGUGUGUAUGAUGUCUCAACCGACAUCGGGAAAUAUCUCACCGUCGAAAUCUCAACCUCUGAAUCUGAUCUCGUACAUGACCCACAGCAACUCGUCUCCACGAUAUUGGAUCUGAACAAUUGGAAGCUGGAUAGGGAGUUCUUUAAUCGUUAUCCACAAUGGAAGGGCAAUACUACCUGA